AUGGAUCCGGCUGGUGGGGACGACAAGUGGAAGCUGUCCAAGAAGGGGCGGAGCAGAUCCGGCAGGCCGCACACCAUGGAUGCCACCGGCAGCAGCACCCUGCUGAGCCGGAGCUACUCCGCCAGCGUGAGCAGCAGCAGGACUUGCGCAGGAGCCACCACCGCCACUAGCAGCAGCAGCUCCUCCUCCUCCUCUUCUUGUCCACAAGCACAACCACAAGGAGGAGGAGCUGGGCAGCAGUGGUCGCGUCUGUCCAAGAAGAAGUGCGUGGAGGCGGUCAAGGAGCACCGGGCGCGCUUCUACAUCGUCCGCCGAUGCGUCUCCAUGCUCGUCUGCUGGCGCGACUACUAG